AGUGGAGAGCGGGGACCGAAGGCCUCAGUCACCAUGUCUGUGUUGGACGUACUUUGGGAAGACCGGGACGUCCGUUUCGACGUGUCCUCGCAACAAAUGAAAACCAGACCUGGGGAAGUCCUUAUUGAUUGCUUAGAUUCAAUUGAAGAUACCAAAGGAAAUAAUGGAGAUAGAGGAAGACUCUUAGUAACAAAUUUAAGAAUUAUCUGGCACUCUUUGGCAUUGCCCAGAGUCAAUCUUUCUAUCGGUUACAACUGCAUAUUGAAUAUUACAACAAGGACUGCUAACUCUAAAUUACGAGGUCAAACCGAAGCUCUUUUUAUACUAACAAAGUGUAACAGCACUCGCUUUGAAUUUAUAUUCACAAAUUUGGUUCCUGGAAGUCCUAGACUUUUUACUUCUGUGAUUGCAGUACAUAGAGCAUAUGAAACUUCUAAAAUGUAUCGUGAUUUUAAAUUGAGAAGUGCGCUAAUUCAAAACAAACAACUAAGAUUAUUACCACAAGAACAUGUAUAUGACAAAAUCAAUGGAGUAUGGAACUUAUCCAGUGAUCAGGGAAAUCUAGGAACCUUUUUUACUACCAAUGUGAGAAUCGUGUGGCAUGCAAAUAUGAAUGAUAGUUUUAAUGUCAGUAUACCAUAUCUGCAAAUUCGUUCGAUAAAGAUUAGAGAUUCAAAAUUUGGUUUAGCUCUUGUCAUAGAAAGCUCUCAACAGAGUGGAGGAUAUGUUCUUGGCUUUAAAAUAGAUCCUGUGGAAAAACUACAGGAAUCAGUUAAAGAAAUCAAUUCACUUCACAAAGUCUAUUCUGCCAGUCCUAUAUUUGGAGUGGAUUAUGAAAUGGAAGAAAAGCCACAGCCCCUUGAAGCUCUGACAGUUGAACAAAUUCAAGAUGAUGUAGAAAUAGAUGCUGAUGAUCACACGGAUGCUUUUGUGGCUUAUUUUGCUGAUGGCAAUAAGCAACAGGAUCGUGAACCUGUAUUUUCAGAAGAACUGGGGCUUGCAAUAGAGAAAUUGAAGGAUGGAUUCACACUACAGGGACUUUGGGAAGUAAUGAGUUGAUCUUGAGUUGAGCUGGAUUUCUAUUUAAAGAUAUCUCAAGAUUACAGACACUAGUCGCCUACUAUAAGGCAUGGAAUAGUUUUUAUAUUUACAGCUUUUAUAUUUAAAGCUUUUAAGAGAGUUUUUUAAUGAUUAAGAAAAAAUAUUUUUAGAAAACUCUGUUUUCUAAAAAUUAUAUCUAAAAUUGUAAUUGAAAUGUAUCUAGCUUGUAAAAUGUUUAUUUUGUAUCUAAUACUUGUAUAAGUUUCCAGAUUUUAAAUAACUGUAUUAUGUUGGGUUUAAUAAAGAAUUUAUGCAGCACCA